AUGGCCGAGGGCGAGGACCUCCACUCCUUCACGUCGAUCAUGGAUGCCCUCGUCCGGAUCAGCACCAGCAUGAAGAACAUGGAGAGGGAGCUGUUGUGCCCAGUGUGCAAGGAGAUGUACAAGCAGCCCCUGGUGCUUCCCUGUAUGCACAAUGUCUGCCACAUCUGCGCCACCGAGGUCCUGCUGCAACAGGGCUACGUCUGCCCGGACCCCACCUCCGAGCCCACCUCACCGGCCUCCACGCCAGCCACGCGGAGCCCUCGCCUGGGCCGCCGGGUCAUCCCCAAGCCAGAGCGCCUGGACCGACUCCUCAAGUCAGGUUUCGGCACGUACCCGGGGCGCAAGCGAGGCGGGCUCCUGCACCCCCAGAGCGUGCUCUUCCCCUGCCCUCUGUGCCAGAGGGACGUGGACCUGGGUGAGAGGGGCCUGGGCAGCCUCUUCCGCAACCUGACGCUGGAGAGGGUAGUGGAGCGCUACCGCCACACCAUCAAUGUCAGCGCCGCCAUCAUGUGCCAGUUCUGCAAGCCGCCGCAGCUGGAGGCCACCAAGGGCUGCACCGAGUGCAAAUCCAGCUUCUGCAAUGAGUGCUUUAAGCUCUACCACCCGUGGGGCACCCAGAAAGCCCAGCACGAGCCCACCCCACCCACGCUCACGUUCCGGCCCAAGGGUCUGACAUGUCCGGAGCACCGGGAAGAGGUUACGCAUUACUGCAAGAGCUGCCAGCGCUUAGUUUGCCAGCUGUGCCGCGUUCGCCGGACGCACACAGGCCACAAGAUCUCGCCUGUCCUCAGCGCCUACCAGGCCCUCAAGGAUAAACUGACCAAAAGCCUGACUUACAUUCUGAGCAACCAAGACACAGUCCAGGCCCAAAUCAGUGAGCUGGAAGAGACUCUGCGGCUGACCGAGGCGAACGGUGCCCAGGCCAAGGAGGAAGUGGCACGGCUGAUGCGCGGCCUGAGCGCCCUCUUGGAGGAGAAGCAGUCGUCCCUGCUCAACGCCAUCGAGGAGUGCCGGCAGGACCGCGUCUCCAACCUGCGGGCGCAGCUGCACGAACACCGUGCCAUGGUGGAGAACUCAGGCAUGGUGGGCUACACCCAGGAGGUGCUCAAGGAGACGGACCAACCCUGCUUUGUCCAGGCUGCCAAGCAGCUGCAUAACAGGAUUGUCCGGGCGACUGACUCGCUCCAGGUCUUCCGCCCAGCAGCCAGCUCGUCCUUCAGCCACUUCCAGGUGGAUGUGAGCCGAGAGCUGAAGCUACUCACGGACCUCACCUUCAUCAAAGCGCCCGAGGCCCCCGUGAUCGACACGCAGCGCACCUACGCCUACGACCAGAUCUUCCUCUGCUGGCGCCUGCCGCAGCACUCGCCGUCGGCCUGGCACUACACGGUGGAGUUCCGGCGCGCCGAGCCCAAAGGGAAGGCGCUCAAGCUGUGGCAGCGCCGCGAGGAGGUGCGUGGCACCAGCGCGAUGGUGGAGUACCUGGACACCGACUGCGUGUACGUCCUGCGGGUCAAGGGGUACAACAAGGCUGGGUUUGGAGACUACAGCGAGGACAUCUACCUGCACACGCCGCCGGCGCCUGUGCUGAACUUCUUCCUGGACAACCGGUGGGGGUUCAACAGGGAGCGCUUGGUGAUCAGCAAGGACCAGCGGGCCGUCCGGAGUGUGCCGGGGCUGCCCAUGCUCUUUGCCGCAGAGCGGCUGAUGACCAGCUGCCACCUGUCAAUCGACCUCGUGAUUGGGGACGUGGCCGUCACCCAGGGGCGCAGCUAUUGGGCCUGCUGCGUGGACCCCAGCUCCUACCUGGUCAAGGUGGGCGUCGGGCUGGAGAGCAAGCUGCAAGAGUGGUUCCAGGUACCCCAGGAUGUGGUGAGCCCCAGGUACGACCCCGACAGCGGCCAUGACAGCGGCGCUGAGGACACCACCCUGGACACGGCGCCGCCUUUCGCCUUCCUGACCAUCGGCAUGGGCAAGAUCCUCCUCUCGCACGGCGUGGCGCUGACCUCGCGGGACCCCAGCAACUGCACAGUGCCGCUGCCUCCCCGUGUGGGCAUCUGCCUGGACUACGAGCGGGGCAAGGUGACGUUCUUUGACGCCGUCUCCUUCCGCAGCCUCUGGGAGUGCGGCAUCGACUGCUCGGGACCCGUCUGCCCCGCCUUCUGCUUCAUCGGCGGCGGCGCCCUGCACCUCCAGGAGCUGGUGGCCAACCGACAGGAGCGGAAGGUCACCAUCGGCGGCUUCUCAAAGAUGGAUUGAGCAUGUCUCUUGGCAUCUCUUGGCGCGAGGGAGGCGGAAACCGAGCAGGAAGCGGCCCUCGGUGCACGAGAACAGUCAUCCCUCCCACUAAACGGGCCUCCGAGCGCCUGUUGAAAGCGGCGGAGGAUGCCCGGGGCCUACAACAAAAUGGCCGCCCUUCUGCUCACGGGCCAUACUGAGAUUUGCCCCGCCUGGCGGGCUGAUGGACCUUCCAGCGGAUAGAAGAGACUCUGCCUUUCGAAAGACCGUGAUCCUGUAGUAGACCUCCCCUCAUAGAAUGUUUGCUGUCGAGAUAAUUUUGUGGGGGGCAGGGAUGGGACAGAGCGGGGUGUUGCCCCCAUAAGCUGCACUGGGUGUGCUUGUGGGGUGCAGGAAUGUCUUUCUGUUUCAUCAGGUCCUUUGUUUUUCCUACCCCCGCCCCAACAUCU